CCGGGCCGCGAUCUGUGCUGCUCUCGCGAGAGCUCCCCCUUUUCCUGGCCGGCGCGGAGCGAGAAAGGCCAUGUUCAGCUCUAGCGCCAAGAUUGUGAAGCCUAAUGGCGAAAAGCCAGAUGAAUUCGAGUCUGGUAUAUCCCAGGCUCUGCUGGAGUUGGAAAUGAACUCCGACUUAAAGGCUCAGCUGCGGGAGUUGAACAUCACAGCAGCUAAGGAAAUUGAAGUAGGUGGUGGCAGAAAAGCCAUCAUUAUCUUUGUACCAGUUCCUCAGCUGAAGUCCUUCCAGAAGAUUCAGGUGCGGCUAGUCCGGGAGCUGGAGAAGAAGUUUAGUGGAAAACAUGUGGUGUUCAUUGCUCAGAGAAGGAUUCUGCCCAAGCCAACAAGAAAAAGCCGCACAAAAAACAAGCAAAAGCGUCCGAGAAGCCGUACACUUACUGCAGUGCACGAUGCCAUUCUUGAGGACCUGGUCUUCCCCAGUGAAAUCGUGGGCAAGAGAAUCCGCGUGAAACUGGACGGCAGCAGGCUUAUAAAAGUCCAUCUGGACAAAGCACAACAGAACAAUGUUGAACACAAGGUGGAAACAUUUUCUGGUGUGUACAAGAAGCUCACAGGCAAAGAUGUGGUGUUUGAAUUUCCAGAAUUCCAGCUGUAAAAUGCAAAAAAUGGCUGAAUAAACAACUAUUCAUAUAA